AUGCUAGAAAUCGCCUGCUUCAGCGCUCCCUCUGCCCUUGCCGCCGCCCGCUCAGGCGCCACUCGCAUCGAGCUCUGUGCCGACUACGCAGCCGGCGGCGUAACGCCCGAGCUCAGCACGCUGGAACAUAUUCUCCAUGACUUGAACAAAAACAAAGACAACGACAAUAGCAAGAGCAAUAGUAGCAACAGCAGUCAACACAUCCCCAUCACCAUCAUGAUCCGCCCGCGCGGCGGCAAUUUCCACUACACCGACACCGAGUUCGCGCAGAUGCAAGAUGCGAUUACAUUGUUCAAGCCUCUCGCCAGCGGUUUUGUAUUUGGGAUUUUGGAAAAAGAGCCGGAGAACGAGGGGGCAUCUGAGAGUGCAAAGAAGCAGCGCUGGCGUGUAGAUACCACGCGCUGCACUGCCCUAGUGCGUCUAGCUGCGCCGCGCCCGUGUACGUUUCAUCGUGCGAUUGACGAGGCGGAUAGUCUACUUGAUGCGGUUGAAGUGGCGGUUUCGUGUGGCUUUGCGCGCGUGCUGAGUAGCGGGUGUGCUAAUAGCGGGGCGCUUCAAGGCGUCGAGGCGUUGUGCCAGGUACAACAGCGGUUUGGAACGUGCAUUGAAGUCAUUGCUGGAGGCGGGAUUCGAAGCACCAAUGUAGCGGAGAUCAAGCGCACAACGGGGGUCCACUGGGUGCAUUCUGCGGCGGUUACGCGCGCAGGAAGCGAGGAGGUAGAUCAGAAUGAGGUGGGCAGGAUACGGGAUGUGUUGGUGAGCAUGACAUGUUGAAAGAGAGGUAUUUCAACAGUGACGCGGUGUUGCGCGAUUAUUUUGUUUGCAAACUUGCAUAAUUUGCAUUAGGAAUUAUAAUCAUAUCCGAGC